AUGAGUUCCCAGCGAGCGAAACUUAUAUUAAAGUUAGCAAAAACCAAAGCAAGAGUAGAGAAGAAAGAGAAUGGUGCGCAGGAUAGUUGGAAAAUUUCGCAGCAUAAUAAUAUUGGCAAUACCAGCAGUACUGCAGAGGAAGCUGUUAAUAGCGUCACGGUCAAUAAAGAGUCCCUAAACAUGAUUGAAAGUAAUAAUAUCCGCAAUAGUUUAAAAGAAGCCAAAAAUGCAACCGAAGAUAAGAAUAAUAUAGAGUCUGUAAAUCAGAUCGAUCUGCCAAGCCAAAACGUUAUCUCCCAAACGACAAUCAUUCCUGGUAUCAUCUUUGAUCAGAGUUCAGAAGAUAUUGGAGGUGUUACAUUAAUAAAUAGAACUCGAUCUCAGGGCUUACUUAGAGCGGAUGAAUAUGAAGAAUUCCCUAGCAGUAAUGGUCCUAGCAGUGAGCUAAUAGAAGAAGAAGCCACUUCUUCUAAAGUAUUUUCUGUUGAACCUGCAAUUCAAACAGAUAACAAUUCAAGUAGUAGGUCCUCAAGUGAUUCGGACCCAACCAGUUCUGAAGAAGAACCUUUUGGUUCUGGUGCUUCAGAACAAGAUCCUGAUUUUGAACCAGAAAACAUAUUGUCUUCCAGUGAAUCCGAAGUAGAUGGUAUACCUCAAAAUGUAGCUUUACCAAUACGUCGUUCAGUGCACUAUCCUUCUGAAACAGAGAAGCAAACUAAAAAACGAAAAAGAGUCCCAGAUGAAUGGCAAAAGAAUAAAGCGAAACGUCUUAGAAACACAGGUAAAAGUUAUGAAUGCAUUAGAAAAAUCAAGAAAAGUGAUGGAAGUAUCGAACGGAUGAAAGUAAAGCGAGAAGAAAGAAAGAUGUCCGCGCCCUGUGGGGAAAAAUGCCGCUUAAAGUGUUCCACCAAAAUCUCACAAGAUCAGAGGCAAAAAAUUUUUGAAGAAUAUUGGCAAUUAGGAGAUGUCCUGCAACAACGUGGAUUUAUAGCAGGCCGAAUGCUUACUAUUAAGCCAAAAUAUAGAUAUCAGAAAGGCGAAAAUAGUAGACGUCUAAAUUCUAGUUUCUUCUUAGACCUUGAUGGACAAAAUAUUCGAAUCUGCAAACAAUUUUUUAUGUCCACGUUAGGUAUUAGCAGUAGAGUUAUUCGAACGGUUACAGAAAAACAAGAUUCGAUAACUAAAGGAAUUCUUAAACAAGAAAUGAGAGGAAAACACACCAACCACUAUUCAAUUUCCAAUGGCAUAAAAGAAGAUAUUAGAGCCCACAUCAAUUCUAUUCCAAGAAUUCCCAGUCUAAAAAGGAGUAUAUUGAAGGUGUUCAACAUAGCAUUUUUUAUUCCUAAGAAGGAUGCAUGUGAAUUAUGUCUUGCGUACACAAAUGCCAACCAGGAGGAAAAAACCCACAUGAAAAGUAAAUACGACACUCAUCUGAAAGAGAAAGUAUUAUCUCGUUCAGAAAAGCAAGCCGAUAAAGUUUCAGAUAAAGUAGUCGCUGUGUACGACCUCCAAGCGAUAAUACCAUGCCCAAUCGUUUCAAAUUUAAAGUCUGUACAAUCUAUAACUCACAAAUUUUUUAUCGCUUUGCACACGCAAAAUGAGGGCGAUAAAGUACAUGCCAUUAUUGAAGAAGCAGUUGCCAAAAUUCGCAAAUCUGGAUCCAUCUAUGUGCCUGAGCAAUACGCAACAAUAAUCGGACAGGCAAAAAAAACUGGGAAACCAUUUUCUGUUAAUGAAAUGUGUCACAAAGAUAUCCUUGGCCUGAAGGAUCUUUCUUCUCAGCUCGGCAUGAAACCUAAUUUCAAAAAUGAAGAGGGUGAAACCGUUAAAAUCACCGACUUAAAAAUGUUUAUGGUAAAGAAAGAGUGCCCGGGAGUGCUAUUCUACAAAACCUCUUACAAUGAAAAGGAGUAUUCACAAGUCAACAUUUUACAUUUGAGGCGCCAAAAACCAGAUUUCUCUUCGGUGAAGUUAAAAAAUGCUUACAAGGCAAAAGUCGGUAUUACAGAAACUAAAAAAAAAUCAUUAUUAUCAUUGUUUAAUAAAAAACCUGACAAACGAGUGGUCCCAAUGUACUAUUUCGAUUUUUAUGAUAGAUUAUGGACUUUCUACCUACAUAUUUUCUGUGCUGUUCUUUAA